AUGGAUACCGUGGAUUCUGAGACAAAUGUUCUCCUCGUUAGCAACAUUGCGAGCGUCGCGUAUCGAUUCUACGAGCCCUCCGCAGAUUCAAAGCAAACAUUCUUCUCGAACGCUCUUGGAAUAGAGACAAGUCUCAGAGAGCAGGGCCGUAUUGUCUCAUUCGAUGCGACACGGCGAGGUCUGUGGUAUUUUCAUAUCCGACGCUCUGUCGGUGCAGAGUCACAGGGUCCGGCAGAACUCGGCGCGACAGCUGUUGUAAAUGACCACCUCUUGAUGUCUACGAAGCAUGGAUCUAUGGAGCCAUCCCAGUGGCACAAAAGCCUUGCUCCAGAGCCGCCCACCCACAGGCCAAAUCAAACUUCGUCUGGCCACGCCGCGCAAUUGCAACUUACUGGCUCUCAGCAGGAUCAAGAAGCGACAGCGAUCACAGAAGAGACAGAGCUGCGGCAAUCAAAUGGAUUCACUCCGAGAGUACUCUACGAAUCGUUCAUUGGGGCUCUUCUGUUGACGAUCUGUUCUAGCUUUUGCUCUAAAUCAGACGCUGUGCCUCUAAAUUUCCGAACUGUGCUUCUCCCUGCCCUAAAAGCUUCCGAGAGUGCCACAGACCGAUGGAUAGGCGAGCAAGCCCAAGUCUUGGGUACUCUGAAAUGCUACAUGAUCAGCACGGGGUCAUUGAUACUGUCGUUCUCUGUGACUGUGUGCCCUUGGUUAGCGAGCUUGGAAGAUAUUCUGAGCUCCAAUUCAAAUCCCAUCGGAAACAACAUACUUGCGGCACCUUUUGGUGUCAUGACGAACGAGGAACAAUCGCCCUCAUCUCACUCGACAGGGGCCCCUCUGGCUCAUACCCCUACUAUCCAGACUCUAGCGCAAAGAUCACCUUCGAAUGCCAAUAGUUCACUCUGGAAGCAAGCAUGCUUGGCUAUCUUUCAACUCCGCGGGGUUCCAGGAGCUGCGCUGCGUGAGUGCUCUUGGGUGAACUUGCUUGUUUCCAAGCCAAAACUUCAGGACACCAAACCGGAAAACGGACGUGCUGCACAUUCCACGAUUAGCAUACCUUGGCCCGGAUCGCUGUGCUUCCGGAAAAAGGCUGUCGAGCUCUCGGCCACGAAUCGCAUCAGUGACACGAUUGUAGUCGGUCACGACGAAACACAUGACCCGCUCGGAGAUGCGCGCGGAUGGCUCAGCUCGGCAAACGAGCGAGAAGAAAGAAUCUCCAAGCGGCACGCAGAGCGAUCUGCUGCAGGGGCCAAGGAAAAUCCGGCUGUUGAUACGCGUUUGGGAAAAAUAAAUGCCCCAUCUCCAGUGACGAUGCGACGACCGAGCACGACAGGUGGCAACGCCGUGUACCCGACACCACCCGAUGCUAUCCAAAACCUAAAUGGCGUGACUCCAUCAAUGGAUGGUAAUCUCUCAAGUCCCGGACAUCCGCUCUCGGUCGUAGCUGACGUCGAUAUUGACUGUGAACCACCUGGCGAAGAGAAUUCGGUACACCAAAAUGAUGACGAGAUGACCGAGGCAGCAGACGGAAAGCCACUUCGGUCAGAUAACAAUCUGCUCAGUGAAGCAGAAAACAUGUUCGAAGAUAUGGGUGGAGAUAUGUUUGGUGAUAAUGAUAUCACCGAAGCAGACUUCAGUUUCUUUGACGAACAACCCGAUGAAAUGGGCAUGGACAUGUCUUUCGAUAGCAUCAAGGGGUCUCGUGUCCCAAGUGCACUUCCGAUCAAUGCCGAAGAGCCAGUUGCAUCGGCAUCUAUCAAUGCACCGCCGUCAGCGGAGUCGGCAGUAUUUGCCAAACCCGAGCUUAAACAUGCGAGGAGCUCGCAGCCAGAGGACGCGCCACAAAGGGGCCGGGAUCACCCAGCGAAGUCUGCCAAGCGCGGCUCGAGCCCCUUUGAUCCCGACAGUGUCUUCAAAAGGCUUCGAGCUGCUGCGUCACAACGAACUCCCCGAGGGGCUUAUGGUGUCGGCUUGAACAGAGGAAUCAAGGUUUUCGAAAAAGUUGACUUUGACUCGAAGAUGCCAAUGCUCAAUAAAAAAUACGAGCAUGGCGGGCUCUUUGACUUUGUGCCAAAUGCCACAGAUACAGACAAGCUGGAGCCUGGUACGCUCCCAAAGACAGAUUAUUUGCGACGCCACGGCAAAACAAGAGCCAAGCAGCAAGCUGAUUCGCGACGGCCAUCGAUAGUGAAGUCGACCACUGAUCCCGAUACCCAGCUGCUAGACCAUCGGCUUCUGAACUUGGAUGGCGAUAUUUCUGAUGGAGACGACUCAAGCAGCGAUUCAGACGUUGCAUCAAACCUGUCUGUCAAAGAACCCGUAUCACCUGUCAAAUCGACAGUGAAACAGUCUAUCUUGGGCGACGAUGACGCGGCCUCGUAUGUCACUACAGGUAGAGACCAAGAUCUGGCUGAAGAACCAGACGAGCAACUAGCUCUGGAAUUGCCUCGACUAUCUCUUUUAGAUGGGCCGGACACACCCCUCUUCAGGUAUUUCACUGAUCCCGAGCCUCUAUCGUUGGAUAUUUCCCUCAGUGAUGAGGAUAUGAUUCAAGUGGCACAGCUUGUGGCAGAGCAAGCAGCAGCAGGAUCAUUGUCUAUAUUCAGCGGUCACUCCGAUAAUGCCCUGUCCACUGCCACAGAGGAAGACGCCCGAAUCGAGCAGCUUACGAGUACCCGCUGCGCCUUGCAAGCGCUCCGCGACGCGGCUUCUUCAUUUCUUGGAACCAUAUCUCCUGUUGGAUUAAAGACACUACUUGAAGUUCAAGACGGCUCGCUCACUGGACAAGGAAACCGAGUACAGCCGCGUCAGGUUCCCUCAAAAGACCCGAAUUCGGAGCCCAUCAAGCCCAGUAACCUCUAUCAAAUACCAUGUCCGCAUCUUGAAGUGCGUCGGGCAGACGUGAGAAUGUCACUACUACCUACCGCCGUGACUUUCUGGGAGAAUCUAGGACUUGCGCCCUCUUCCGGCAGCAAAGACAUACGUGCGGUGUGCGUGUGCCCAAAAUGGACUGGAAUGAUAGAUAAUGCGCAGGUAUUACUGGGUCGACUGAAGAGUACUUACGAAACGCUGAAAUUGGGGACUUUUGAGAACAUGCCGCUCUCUGCAGGCCUGGAAGAUGGCGUUCUUCUGUACGGGGUUGACCGAAUCUCAACCGCCCCGGAUGCGACCAUGAUGGGGCAUGGCUCUGCGCUGCUGGAAAGCAUGGAAACGCUUUCGGGUGCCAUGUCAGAUCUAGAAGUCGUCGACACGAACGUCGUGGUGUACUUUAUGUACUCAACUAGCAAUCCCGGCACAAUCGUUGAGGCAUGCAUGGCUUUUCAAAGAUUCUUCGAGUCAUACAGAAGGACGCUUGUAGCCAAGCGGGAGUCGGUCAAAAACGAGAUUGUUCUUCAACUCGUUUCCGCCGACGCAAUUUCUAGCUCUACAUCUAUGGUUAUCACACCCUCCUCAGAUCUGGUCAAGCUUUGUAUGGAGACAUAUGACCGCUGUACACUUUUCGGAGGCAAUAUGCCUGCGCCAGCGAUUCGGCUGGAGCAGCCAUUACCACGCAUCAUUGACUUCAAAUUGUCUCCCGCCCCGUCUUCGUCUCUGGCAAGAGAGAACUCUUGCAUUCAUAUCGCCUACGCGCGGAGCAUUGACGGCCGCUGGGUGACGGCAGCCUGGACUGAUGACCGAGGGAAUGAACAAGCUACAGCGGCUUACUGUCUUGGUCAUAAGGGCGAGCCGGAAACUCGAACCAUGAACGAUGUUGCGCAUGAGAUUUGGCAAACGACUGUCGAGCUGAUAUCAACUUGGAAAGUCCACUACCGGAUCAUUAUGACCAAGUGUGGUCCAGCAGACGAGGGCGAGAUCGACUUCUGGGUUGAUCUUGCUCGUACCGAAAUGCAUGCCAGCGUUACUAUGAUUGUGAUGACUGUCGAAACAAAUCCAUCGUUGCAGCUUGUGCCUGCCCCGAUCAAGAUGUCUUUGCAGCCACUCUCGAUUUACACGACGCCUGUAUCUACGCCGCAGGCUAAUAUUGUAUCACCGGAAGCAAGCGCAGCACCCGCGACCCCUGCUCGAGAUACUACCGGGGCCGUUGCGACACCAGGCGGUGAAAGCAACGGCGAUGCGGAUGUUGAUUCCGUGCUGGCGGACGUAAUGGAUCAGACCUGGGGGGCUAUCGUUAAUCACCGGUUGAACAACUCGGUCGGUACCACCAGCAUUCAGCCAGCACUCAUCAGCGGCUACCUUAUCAAACGCACUGGCCCGAAAGCAGAAGACGUUCCGUCCAUCAUGGAAGUCAAUCUCGUCUACACAGAAGCGUCGGCACGCACAUAUGAGCCUUUGCUACGAGAGAUGCUCAGCUAUUUUAGGGGCCUGGGCACUCUGGCAAGGGCUAGGGGGGUAGUCGAUCGUGUGACGGAUGAUACUUGGCUCUUGACAGGCUAUCCCAGGAGCGAAGCACCGAACCCAUAUACCCCCAAAGCUAUUACAGCCCACCUUCAGCGCAUGGCAAAAUCGGACAAGGCAAACUUUGCGCAGCGAGGGCCAGCUCCCCAAGAGAUGCCCGCAGAGGCUAUCCCCGCUUCUGACAGUCGCGAGCCGCAUGCUGGCGUUGGCAUGCCCACUGUUGACGAUCCGUUCAACUUCCCGACAGACGAGGCUCUGCCAGCCUACUCGGCGCACCCAACUGACGCCGCCGUGCCGCCCGUCUUUGCGGAUGGCGCCGGCCCAAGCAGCGCUACGGCUGCGGCGCUUCCUCCUCCUCCGCCAGGAACAUCACAGGUUCGCCCGUCGCUGAAGCCAAUUGCCAUUCCGCAAGUCGUUCCUGAUGCCUCUUCGCCCUUUGUCGCCGCAUACCCGCCCUGCCUGCUCGCUCGCGGCAUCACAGAGCAGUCCUGGAUCUCCUUCUUGCAUACCGUCUCCGCCUUUCUCACCGCAAAGGUCGGUGACCGGGCCGUCAGCCACGCCGGCGACAUGGCCAAGCACUUUGCGCAGGAUUCGACAAACUUUGGCAAGAGCAUCGCCAGCCACAGCAAGACCUUGGGCAAGGACAUUGCCAAGCACGCGAAGCGAGGCAACAUCUUUGGCCUCGCGGCGACAUUGAUCCAUGGCGCUGUUUCCCUGCCCGUCAUGACGGCGCUGGGCGCCGUAGACACGGCGACUCGAUUGCCUGGCGCUGCCGUCGGCGCCAUCACAAAGAAGCCAAAGACGCCUGCAGAAAGAGUCAACGCGUACAACGUGGUUGCAAACAAGAAAUGGCUUCAUCAGCGAGGUCUCCACAUCCAGUUGGUCGACACCCCAGGUCUUGCCCAUGUGCUUCAACUGCCGACAGCGCAGUUACUUGCGGUGGCGCGCUCUGGAAAGGAAGGCAGCGCUUCCGGCAUGCUACAGGCGCUCGACCUUCACAUAGAACGUCUCAAGGUGCCUGCAGAGACGAGUCUUGGCCUCUCAGACAAGUCGCUAUGGCUCGUUCUGGUUGAAUUUGACCCAGAGGAGUUGCAGGAGCCCGAGGACCAAAGUGAUGGCAAGGUCACGGGCAAGAAGUGA